CCAUCAUGCUGAAGAAUAUGGAAAUUAACUUUGUCUACUUAAAGGAAGCUUCAAUGAAUCUAGCACAUGACAAGAUUUAGUGGGGUGAGUUAGAGAUCCAUUAAAGUGAACAUAGAAACAUACAAAUUAAUCACCUGUAUUAGUGAAGAACGCGAUUAUUAUGGGCAUCUCGAGUGUACUGAUACCCUAAGACCAAAGCUAGUGGUGCUAGAUCCAAGAAAUUCUGCAGCCUGCAGGUGGAUGCUCAACUUGCUCGUGUUGACAUCAAUCUCCCUCAAACCAUGUUGCUUACACAAAGAACUCUGUUUGUUCUGCUUGUAUUGAUAUUAAUCUCCCUCAAAUCUGUGUUGCUGAUAGAAGCACAGCUAGAAGAAUGGUGUAUUGCAGACGAGCAGACGCCUGACAGUGAGCUGCAGAGCGCGCUAGAUUGGGCUUGUGGGAAAGGAGGAGCAGACUGUAGUAAGAUUCAGAAAAAUCAAGCUUGUUUCUUUCCAAACACAGUUAGAGACCACGCUUCGUAUGCCUUCAAUAGCUACUUCCAGAAAUUCAAGCACAGGGGUGGCAACUGCUAUUUCAAAACUGCUGCUUUGAUUACAGGGGUUGAUCCUAGUCAUGGAGGAUGCAAGUACGAUUAUCUCCCUUAAGGUACAGGAUAGACAACAGCAGUCUGAAGAUAUAUGUAUUGGAGCGGAGUUACAAUCCUCAGCAUGCCAUUUGUCCAUUAUGAAAUUAAAAUACGAAUGUUUUUAGGAUUCGAUUAUGACACUAUUGUAUGUAUUCUUCAAUUGUAGAGUUCAUCAAAAUUGAACUGUGCUAGUGUGCUGUGCUAUGCAGGUUUUCCAUUUGCAUGACAUAUGAUACUAAGAAUCAUUUGCACAAAACUGUGACAUACUUGAUCAUUAAUCUUACCAUUUUCCAUA